AAAAACAAGAACCUGUGCAUUAUUAAAAGAACGAAGGAGAUUUCACGGACGGAAACGGAACGAGAACGAAGCCGGCAAUUACAGGAGGAUGAUACGAAGAUAUGGACAUUCUACCGAUAAACUUUAAAGCUCUACGCUUUUGCGGCGCAUGGAAAGAGCGGCAGGACGACAACAUGUGCGUUGGAUUUUUGCGCCUUUGUUACAGGUACGCGAUUUUUCUCUUGAUAUACGAGUUUACGAUAUCCGACGUGAUAGAGGUGAUUCGCACGCGCGACCACGUGCAGGAGCUGACCGAAGGGCUCUUCUUAGGCUUGACUUACUUAACGCUGUGCGUCAAGUACGCGAAUUUUCUGCUGCGGGAGAACGAGCUGUCGGAUUUGUUGGAUUGCCUGCGCGUGAAGAUGUGCCAGCCGAGAAAUUCCACGGAGAAGCUGAUAAUGGAAGAGCACAGUCGCAGAGGUGCGCACGCUAAGUGGAGCACUAUCUCGUUCAUGACGAUAUCGUACGCGACCGUGUUAGGCUUCGUCGUCACCCCAGCUAUAGAACUGCUCAAGGGAGGCGAGCGCGUGCUGCCGUUGAAGACAUACAUCCCGUACUCCGUGUCAAAUCUGCUUCCAUAUCUAGCUACUUAUCUGCAGCAAUUUCUGGCGCUGUUCUACGCAGUGAUGCUCAACGUUUCCUUCGACUGUCUCGUUUACGGCUUGAUGAUUCAAGCUUGCGCACAGAUCGAGCUGAUGUGCUGCCGAUUGACGGACGGGUUGAGGGGCGCCGGCGACGUCGCUUCCGGACGGAAGCCAGAUACGAACGCCUCGAUCGUCGAAUGCGUCAAGCAUCAUUUGCUCGUGAACGGUUUGGUAAAGAAGAUACGCGCGCUGUUCAUAUGGACGGUGAUGAUCUUCUUCUUCUUCAGUCUGCUCAUCGUGUGCACCAGUAUCUUCAUUCUGUCGAAGAAGAAACUGCUCAGCUUUGAGUUUCUUUCGAUAUUCUUGUACCUGAGUGGUAUGCUGCUUCAACUGUUCUAUUAUUGCUGGUACGGAAACGAGCUUGAGUUGAAGAGUAAAGGCAUCGCGGCCGCUAUUUAUUCCAGUGACUGGACAAUGGUGACACCGCGAGAGCGUAGAUUGCUGAUGUUUAUUAUGAUAACCAGUCAAAAAGGAAUAAUGUUCUCCUAUCACGGAGUAUUCGCGUUAUCUCUUAACACUUUUACUUUGAUUUGCAGGACUUCUUACUCGGCUUACAAUCUUCUACAGCGAGCGUCGAAUUAAUGAAUUGUUAUACUGUACAUAAUGAAAAAAAUAACAUUUA